CACCUGUCCAUCGAGGCUCAUUGGGCAGCUUAAAACGCGGUCUUUUUUACAAGAUUACGACGCUGCCCGAUCUGCCCGAUACCGGACUGGAAAAUUACGGGCAGUCGGUCUCCAGUAAUCGCACUCGCUUCUCUCACUUCCCUCUCACCUCUCUCACCUCACCCCCUACCCUUCCCUCUCAACCCUCUGAGUGCCGCCGAUAAUUCUAUAUCUUCGUUUCUCUGUGUCUUUUCGAUCUCGAUCGGACGGUCCACAAUGAACGUUGCUUCUCCUGCUUCUUUUCUGUGGUUUUAGAUCCCGAUACGUCCAGAUCUACCAUCUCUCUGCUCUGAUCUGUCUUCUCGGAUAGGCGGUAGAAACUACCAAAUCAACACGGUAGGGGGGGCUGACUGAGAGACACAGAAUUUCCGGGAACAGUCGCCGCGCGAAUGGAGAUAGCAAAUGGUUCAGUAGGUGUCACGCUCGGUGAUGGCUCACUGGCAUGCGCCAGUCAUGGUUUAGCUGCUUUACUGGCUUCGGCUCUGGUCAACACCCAGCGCCUGGCUCAGGAUCCCCUUGGGGCAUUUCUGAUCAAUCCUGGAAUGAAAGGAGAUAGUCCCACCCAGUGCCCAUCAUCCACACCACUUGAUGCUGAAGAAGAUGGCGACGACGACGACGAUGGAGAUGGAGAUGGCGACUUAAGUGAAGGCGAAGGUGAAGAGGAUUUAUCAUCUGAAGAUGGAGAUGACUACACCAACAACCUCAAUGAAAAUAAUAAAAGUAAUUCAAAGAAGAAUCCGGAGGGUGGAGCUGGUGGGGCAGAAGAAAACGGAGAGGAGGAAGAUGAGUUUGAUGGGGAGGAGGAUCAAGAUGAUGAUGGCGAUGACGAUGAUGAUAACGAUGAUGGUGAUGACGACGAUGAGGAUGAUGAUGGUGAUGAGGAUGAUGAUGGUGGAGAGGACGAAGAUGAAGUAGCAGAUGAGGAAGAAGAUGAGGAAGAAGAGGAUGAGGACGAAGACGAGGAAGCACUCCAGCCUCCCAAGAAGAGGAAGAAGUAAAAAUUAGGGAGAUGAAAAAGCGGAUAUAGACACUUUUCAUAUGUAGCUUUGAUCCCCGACUUUUGGGUUUUUUUUUUUUUAAAUUUUAUUUUAGCUUCUUGAGGACGUUUGUUAGGAUGUGUUCCAAAUUAGUAAUUAUGUCUCCGCUGCAUGAUUUUAGAGUACCUUUGAAACUUUUUUUUAGCUGCAGCAGUGAUAAACAGCGAUUAGUUUCAAUGCUUUAGUUAAUUUGAUAAUGGAAGGAGUUCACUUUUCGCUGGCCAAA